CUCCCCAAACUUUCCAGGAGCCUCCGCACCCUCCAGGCUCUCCGCUGCAGACUCCAGGUCCAGCAACAUGUCGGGCAUCGCGGCCACGCUGCAGCACCGCCGGGAGAAGAACCGGGGAAUCGGAACCAACAGCCAGGCGGUUCGGUACCUGGACCAGGACUACGAGGCUCUGCGGCGCCGCUGCUUAGAGUCCGGCCGCCUGUUCCAGGACGACGCGUUCCCGGCGCUGCCCUCCUCCCUGGGCUUCAACGAGCUGGGCCCGAACUCCUACAAGGUCCGGGGGGUGUCCUGGAAGAGACCCACGGAGAUGACCUCCGACCCCGAGUUCAUCAUCUGUGGAGCCUCCAGGACCGACAUUCGUCAGGGAGCUCUGGGGGACUGCUGGCUGCUCGCCGCCAUCGCCUCUCUGACCCUGAACGAGGAAGUUCUUACUCGAGUCGUCCCGCACGGUCAGAGCUUCACGAAAGGAGAGUACGCCGGCAUCUUCCACUUCCAGUUCUGGCAGUUCGGGGAGUGGGUGGAUGUAGUGAUCGACGACCGUCUGCCGGUGAAAGAUGGCGAGCUGUUGUUUGUCCACUCGGCGGAGGGCAGGGAGUUCUGGAGCGCCCUGCUGGAGAAGGCCUACGCCAAGUUGAACGGCUGUUACGAGGCUCUGUCUGGAGGAACCACCACCGAGGGCUUCGAGGAUUUCACCGGAGGAAUCGCUGAGGUCCACGAGCUGGGUCAACCCGGUCCUCACCUGUUCCACAUCAUCCAGAAGGCUCAGAGCCGCGGGUCGCUGAUGGGCUGCUCCAUAGACAUCACCAGCUCAUCCGACUCGGAGGCGGUCACCUCUCAGAAGCUGGUGAAAGGCCACGCCUACUCUGUGACUGGUGCAGCUGAGGUGGAGUACCGUGGCAAGAUGGAGAGGCUGAUCCGGAUCAGAAACCCCUGGGGUCAGGUGGAGUGGACCGGAGCCUGGAGUGAUGAUUCGCUGCAGUGGCGUUACAUCAGUGACGAGGACAGAGAGCGCCUGAGUCAUCGCGCAGAGGACGGAGAGUUCUGGAUGUCUUUCUCUGACUUCCUGCGACAGUUCUCCCGGCUGGAGAUCUGUAACCUGACGCCCGACGCCCUGAGAGACGACUCCAUCUCUAAAUGGGCUCUGUCCAAGUUCGAUGGCAGCUGGAGGAAAGGAUCCACCGCUGGAGGCUGCAGGAACUUCCCCAACUCAUUCUGGAUGAACCCUCAGUUUGUGAUCAAGCUGGAUGAGGAGGAUGACGACCCGGAGGACGGAGAGGCCGGCUGCAGCCUUGUGGUCGGUCUGAUCCAGAAGAACCGCAGACACUUGAGGCAGAAGGGAGAGGGCAUGCACACGGUCGGAUUCGCCAUCUACGAGGUUCCUGAUGAGUUCUCUGGUCAGAGGAACGUCCACCUGAACAGGAACUUCUUCCUGCGUCACGCCUCCACCGCGCGCUCCGAGACCUUCAUCAACCUGCGAGAAGUCUGCAGCCGCUUCUGUCUGCCGCCCGGAGAGUACCUGAUCAUCCCGUCCACCUUCGAACCGCACAAGAACGGAGACUUCUGUGUCCGGGUCUUCUCCGAGAAAAAGGCAGACUUUCAAGAGCUGGACGACCCCGUCGAGUGCAGAGUGAAGAAGAUCGAGAUCGGUGAGGACGACGUGGACGAGCGGUUCAGAGGUCUGUUCGGCCGGCUGGCAGGAGCGGACUUUGAAGUUUCUGCCUUCGAGCUGCAGAAGAUCCUCAACAAAGUGGUGACCAAACGAUCCGACAUCCAGACCAGCGGCUUCAGCAUCACAACGUGUCGCAACAUGGUUAACAUGCUGGACACAGACGGCAGCGGUCAGCUCGGUCUGCUGGAGUUUAAAGUGCUGUGGACCAAAAUCGAGGCGUACCUGAACAUUUACCGGCAGAAGGACCUGGAUCAGUCGGGGACCAUGAGCUCUGCAGAGAUGAGGUCGGCCGUGGAGGAAGCUGGUUUCAGUCUGAACAACCAGCUCCAUCAGGUCCUGGUGGCUCGGUACAGCGAACCGGAUCUCACCGUCGACUUCGACAGCUUCGUGGGCUGUUUGGUUCGUCUGGAGACCAUGUUCAGCAUAUUUGAAACGCUGGACAAGGACCGCUCGGGGACCGUGGAGCUCAGCAUGAUGGAGUGGCUGAACGUGUCUCUGCUCUGAAGAUCCAGGACCCUCCUGAGCGCUGGACUCAUCUGAUCAUCAGGGACGAGACCAUGACUGAUGAUCAGCUGUAGCUAAUCAAUGAGUCCUGGUUAUUCACCUGAUGCCUUAUUGAUAAACAUUAUUAAAUAAAGAGAAUACAGCAGUGA